UUUCUUCAUCUGUUCUGUGUUACUAUAACCUCAAUAAAUAUUAACAUUCAAAACAUUAAGAUAAAAUGAAGAAGUGCAUUAUUUGCAAGGUACAAGAUGGUAUAUACAAAUGUCCAACAUGUUUAAUCUAUUACUGCAGUGUAGUUUGCUGCAAGAAACAUCGAGAGUCAAACUGUGAAGUUAAUUCAGUUCCACCGGUGGAGGAUGUGAAUAGACAAGAUUUUAUUACGAAUGAUACAGUACCUGAAGACAAGCUGCUUUUGCUGAAAGGCAACGAAGAGCUGAAAGAUAUGCUUAAAAAUAAGCAUUUGAGAGAUCUGUUAGUAGCCGUAGAUAAUUCGAAGGAUGCUGAAGCUGUUAUGUCAAAGGCAAUGUUGGAGCCAAUAUUUGUUGAAUUCGCUGAUGAAUGUUUGAAAGUUGUCGAGCCACAAGAAGAUUAAAUCAAGCUGUAAUAUUUAAAUUUUGUAAGAUAUUAAUAAAUAAGCAAAG